CGCGGCUCCAUCCUCGCGGACGAGAUGGGCCUCGGCAAGACGGCGCAGGUCGCGACGUUCCUCGACGGCGCGCUCCGGCGCGGCGGCGGCGGGCCGUGCCUCGUCGUCGCGCCGCUGUCGACGAUCGGCCACUGGGAGCGCGAGCUCGAGGCGUGGACGGCGCUCCCGUGGGCGUCGUACCAC